ACAAACUGCUGCUGUGGUUCAGAUAUGGCGCAGGAGGUUCCUUAACUCAGGAAAGACCAAGAAGGGGGAGGCCAGGGUGUGAACUCUACGAGGGUCUUACGGCACAUGACUCAAUCGUAUGUCCCCACUCACCCAUCCGCUCAGCCAAACCUCUUAUGACACACAGACAGAUGAGUGGAAGGAGAGGAUGAAUGAGUGUGAUCUGCUAGGCCAGAGAGUAUAGCCCUGCUAUAUUUAUCAUCUGAUUAAACCUACAGUCAGCUGACAUCUACCACAGGCCGUUGGAUGAAGUUAAAAUGGCCUCCCACAAGCAAAGCUUUCAAUGCUUUGACACCAUCAUGGACGACCCAUCUCUCAAGCCCCCUUUCCCCCAUGGGCACUGCUCCUCAGCGUCCUUCAGAGGCUCAUCCGUCUCAACAAGACUGGAGCCGCUGGAGGAUCGUGGAUGCUAUCUGUGUGCCGAUCACCAGCAGGCCAAGGCGAUGGCCUCAGAGGCCUCGGGAGCUUACUCAAACCCAUGGUAUCAUUUCCAGACACAUCCACACUCUCAGCAGUAUACAAUCAGGAGGCCCACUCGAGCUGAGGAAGCUCCUGGACAGGUUGAAGGUCACCACCACCAUCAUUGGCACUCCAGGAAGAUUGUGCUUGUGAAAAACAGUGACCCCUCUGUCCGGAGGACCAUCGUGCUGCACCGCAGGAGCCUGCGUAGUCUGGUGCUCUUCAUGGACGAGGUCUCUGAACUCAUGCAGUGUCUCAUCAGGAAGCUCUACACACUGGAAGGCCACAAGAUUGACAGUGUGCACAGUCUGCUCCAGUGCCCGAGCAUUUUGGUUUGUGUGGGACGUGAGCCUUUCCACCCACUCCUGUUGGACAGCUUCAGGAAGAACUCUUAUGACAAACUUCCAAGGCUGAACACAAAGCCACGCUCCAGUGUCUGCAGCGAUGAAAAGUGGGCCAAGAAAAAUGUCAAUUUUGGACUUGAAACAAAGAGAAACGCCAUCCAUCCAAGGUGUGAUUCAAGCAACAGAUCAGCAGGACUGUCCAUCUCAUCUGAAAUGUUGUUUCCGAAUGGACUUAACUCAUUACCACCAGGACACCGAGGUGCUUGUCCUCAAACGGGAGAAAAUACGAUGGAUGAUGACAUUGAAAAGCGAGUUCUGGUCAACAAAGACGGAAGCCUGUCAAUGGAGAUGAAAGUGCGCUUUCGACUAUUACACAACGAGACAUUGCACUGGUCCACAGAAGUGAAGAAGUCAAAGAGCACUUUUAAUGAAUCCCAUAUUGUACAUGAUGAUGCUUGUUCCCUCUCGCAUGGCAGUGCAGAGAGCUGCUCAGAAGCCGAUUCUCUCUCUGCUGGCGAAGCAGAUGAGACAUACAGCACCAAACGUUACCAGAGACACUUUGAGGAGCCACAUUGCCAGCACUGCUGCACUCACUGUCAGGAGUAUGAUAUCUGGAAGAAUCCUGUACCUCCCGAUCAAGAAUCUGUAAGACGCAUCAGAUCCUCAAGCUCCAGCGCAUCCUCGCGGAGAAUAGUGUGCAAAAAGGCAUCUACCGACAGCAUGCGCACAAUGUCCAGUGAAGAGUACACAGAGCAUGUAGUAGAAAAGGCAACUUGCAUUCAACAGACCUUCGGACAGCAGGGCGACACCACGAUUGAACAAUGUACCAUCAACCAUUGCCGCAGUCGAAGUGAAGUACGCUCAAUGUCCCCUAAAACAAAGAGCACAAGUACUGUAGAAGACAAGCGCGAGAACACUCAUGUAUCUGAAAAUGACGAGAAAAGACCUGAUGUCAUAUCCUCUAACCUCCCUAAAGAUCAAUUAAGUGUUCAGAUCACUCAGCCAAUGGAGGAAGAGGAGAGGCCUGUAUCUGUUGUGAGCUCUUCUCAAAUUUUAGCAUCGCUGAAAGAGGAUCAAGAUGAUGAAGAUGUCGACCUUCCUUCGAGUAUCACGAGAACAUCCCAUGGCCAACAGGAAGAUGAGGAGAGCAAAGUUGCAGAACCAAACCCAUGUUCUACUACACCUUGUAAAUCUCCUGCAUCUCCGGCAUAUUUAUCACCAAGACCACCAAGCACAGCUUCAUCUUUAGGACUGUCUAAAAGAUCCAGAAAGUUGGCCAGUCCAGAAGUGGAUGAUGAAGAGGGCAGGUCUGAAGCAUCUGCUUCACCCAAAGCUUCAUCUGGACCCACAAAUUGUAAAUGUGUAGUCACAAAAGACAUAGCAACUCUAGGGGAUUCUGAAUCAAAUGAUCAACUAGAAGGCAUUCAACCCAAAACUUAUGUGCAAGAUGAAGAAAAAGAAGAAAGGGCACUAAGUUCAAUGUCAGCCAAUUCAAAAACGUCUACAAAGUCAUUGUCGGAGUUAUCAACCUCUUAUGAGAAUGAAAAUGGUGCUGAGUGUAUUGGAGCAAAUGGCAAAAUUAUAGUGGUGCGAUCCUCGAGUGCUAUCUCCAUAAAAUCCAUCACCUCUGGAAAAUCAAAUAAAACAAAUGUUUCAGAGGUACUUGAAAAGGAUGGAAGAGCAGCCAGUGCCAUGUCAAUAAAGUCUCAGAAAUCUGACAAAUCAAGACAAACCGAAUUCUCAGACAAUGUGUCUGAGGAACAAAUCUCUGAAGUAAGAACAUCAAGUGCCAUGUCUGUUAAAUCAAACACAUCUGUGAGGUCAAAAGCAUCAGAUAAUGGCUUUGAUGAGCUUCCCACAUUACAAGACUAUGUUGAGGAGAGGGCUGUAAGUGCUCUGUCAUCUAAAUCAAAUAUUUCCACUACAUCUAGUCGGUCUAAAGAGCCACAGUCUGUAACUGAUGGGGCAUCAGAGGAGAGAAUAGAAGAGAAAGCUUCAAGUGUUAAAACUGGAACAUCAAACAAGUAUGGAAUCCAAGAGGUGACAAAUGAUGAUCAAACAGUGGAGAGGGCUCCCAGCUCCAUUUCGAUAAAAUCAAAUAUUUCUGCAAGAUCUAAAAUGUCAAUUGAGCUGAGCGAGCUUGAAGAUCAAGACAGGGCCCCCAGCAGCAUUUCUAUUAAAUCAAAUAUCUCACAUAAAUCAAAGUCUGACAUUUCAGAAGCAGUAUCUUUUCAAGAAAGAGAUGAAUCUUUAAAUUCAGUGAAAUUAAACACACCUGAAACUAAAGCAGCUCCUCAAGUGGGGCUACCAGGGGAGAGAUCGCCAAGCUCUGUGUCAUCAAAAUCAAAUAUGUCUACAAGAUCCAAAACAUCCAAAAAAUCUGAGGUAGACCAAGAUGGAGCACAAGAAAAAGUAGAUGUUCAGGAAAGAGCAUCAAGUGCUAUUUUAGUGAAUUCUACCACAUCUGCAAGAUCAAGGAAAUCUGAAAAAACACCAAAAUUAGGAGAAGAAACAAAGGAACGAGCUCCUAGUGUUACGUCAAUCAAAUCAAAUGCUUCAUUAAAAUCAAAUAAGUCCAAGAUGGAGGAGGAGGAAAUAGAAAACAGAGCCUCCAGUACUUUGUCUGUUAAAUCUGAAGUUUCCACAUUAUCAAAAAAAUCGAAUGUUUCUGUGAGAUCUAAAGGGUCCAAAAUGUCAGAGGUGGCAGGAGAUGAUAAUCGAUCAUCCGCAGUAUAUGCAGCAUCACAUACCUCUGAAACGUCAAAUGAAAUCAGCACAGCACCUAAAGAAACCUGCAAAAGCACAGAGAAAUCACCAGACAAAGAGAAAAGAGCACUAAGUGCAUUGUCAACAAAAUCCACUAACUCCAAGAAAUCCAAAGUAUCUGAUAUGGCUGAUGAUAUUGUAGAUGAAGAUAGAGAUGAUUUGCGAUCUGUAAGUGCAAUGUCCUCUAAAUCUAAUGUUUCUGCAAAAUCUGUGAAAUCAGUGAUCUCAGAAUUGGUCACAGAAGAAGCACUGGACCAAACAGAAGAACGGGCUCAGAGUGCAUUGGCAGCACAAUCCAAUCAGUCAGGAGUGACGGUAAGUGAUGGAGUUGAAGUAGCAGAGGAAUGGGCGCUGAGUGCCAUGUCUUCUAAAUCCAAUGCUUCUGAAAGAUUAAAAAAGUCCAGUAAUUUAAAAGUGCCAACUGCUUUGCCUCAAGCAGCAAAACACCAACCAGAGGAGCGAACUCAGAGUACAUUGUCAGCUAGAUCAAGCAUUUCAACAAGAUCCAAUAAGUCUAAAACUUCAGAUGUUUUAACUGAUAUGCAAGUUGAUGUGAAAGACCAAAAACAAAAGAGAGCUUCAAGUGCUUUGUCUGCAAAAUCAAGCAUUUCUGCAAAGUCAAAAAACUCAAAUAUUUCUGCAACAGACGUCAAAGCUGAUGAAAAAGGAGACAGAAUACCAAGUGCUAUGUCAGGAAGAUCUGCUAUUUCUACCAAAACCAGUAUCUCUGCAAAAUCCAAAGCAUCACAAGUUUCAGAAGUACCACCAGAAGAGACUGAUGAUGAAGAAAGUGAAGUAAAAGCACCAAGUAUUACUAAAUCCAGUAUUUCAGUAAGGUCCAAUAAGUCAAAUCAUUCAGACUUUAGUGCUGAAGAAGGGGUUCAGAACAUAGAGAGACCUCCAAGUGCAAUUUCAAUAAUAUCUGAUGCCACACCUGAUGAAAAUGAAAUCACAAAUGAUGAUGAAAUCCAAGAAAGGGCUCCAAGUGCUGUUUCUGCAAAAUCACAUUCCUCUGUAAGAUCCAGGACAUCAAAAGUUUCUGAAAUAAUCAUAGAUGAACCAGAUAAACAAAACGUGGAGAGGGCACCAAGUUCUAGGUCAUUGAAAUCUGAUGCCUCUGGAAGAUCUGGUCCAGGUGACCCUGUCAACAAAGAAAAAGAAGCAAGAACAGAAAGUGGUUUGUCCUCAAUUUCUGUAAGAUCAAAGAAGUCAGAAGAUUCUGAGAUAAACAACAAUGUAGAGCAGAUAGCAUCAAGUACAGCAUCAGUUACAUCUACAACAUCUGCAAGAUCUAAAAGGUCAAAUAUUUCAGUAGUUGCUCCUAAAGAAAUUGGGAAAACAGAUACUGAAGAUGUUCGAGCAUCAAGUGCAAUGUCUGCAAAAUCUUGUACAUCUGAGAAAUCAAAAUGUUCAGAAAGAACAGUUGAGAAGGAUGAAGAAGCAAGUAAAGUGGUAGACAGAACAUCCAGCUCUUUGUCUGCAAAAUCAAAUCAAUCCAUAACAUCUGAUGCCACUGUUAAAUCAAGUGUUGUGCCUACUAAAUCAAAUGCUUCUGCAAAAUCCCUCCUCUCAGAAGCUGAAGAGCCUGACAGAAGAUCCACAAGUGUGGUUUCUAAUGCAUCUGCAGAUUCUAAAAUGUCUGAAGCUGGUGUGUACACAAAAGCAAACCGUUCACCAAGCAAAUUGUCAGUUAAAUCCAAUGUAUCUACAAGAUCCAAGAAGUCUAAAAUUUCUGAGGGUGAGGACCAUACACCCACAAACACAGAAGAUAGGGAAUUAAACAGAGAUGAGAGUCCGUUGUCCAAUCACUCAGAAGUAUCUCAAGCAGAGAAUUCAAAUGAAUGCAUUUGUGGUGCAAUAAACAAGCCAUCAAGUCCAGUGGCAUCAUCUGAAAAAGACUCCGACCAUGAAGAGGUACCUGCAAGUCCUCUGUCUAAAAAGUCAGCAAAGUCCAAAAUUAGUUCAGUUGGUUCCGCCUCUGAAAGAGUUUUAACACCAACAAGCACCUCAGUUUCUAUUGGGGUUGUUGAAGACCAUGAGGCUGAUGAUGUUUCAAUUAACUCAAGAAUAUCUGCUUCAUCAAAGACUGAAAUCUGUGGUAAAUCUGACCAGGGUUCAUCAGAAUCUCCAGUACAAAUCACAAAUGAAGCAACACCGACACCAGAGGGAAGACCUAAAAGUUCUACAACAGCUAAUUCAAAUGUCUCUCGUAAAUUGAGGUCCAAAAGCUCUCAUUGUGGCUCUGCAUGUCCUACAGACACAAUUCAGGACAGAGAUGAUGUAGCAAGCAAUAAAUCCUCUAAAAUAACAUAUUCAAUAAUUUCAUCUGAUAGCCAACCAUCUGCCAACAGUUCAGUGAAACAGAGCUCUCAAACCCAGAAGAUUUGUCCAUCUAGCAAAGCUUCCGGUAUGUCUGUACACACUGAAAUCACAGGUCAAGAGAAAGCUGAAAGUCCAUAUGUUACCAAAGUGUCUCAUAAAUCUCAAAGUGUCUGUUCAAAAUGCAGUUCUACACAACAAAAAGGAAAAAUGUCACCUGCUUUGAGUGCCUCAGCAAUCUCAGACUCUGAGAAAUCCAAAACCAAAGAAGGAAAUACUGCAGAAAUGACUGACAGGCCAAAGAGUAAAAUAUCCAAUCCAUCCUCUCAUUUGAAAGUAAAUGGUCAAAAUAAUUUUGAAACUACAGUUGUCAAUGAAAGAAGCAAUAAAUCAAACACCAUGUCAACACAGAAAGUUGAGGACAAUGCAACCAGGUUAUCUGUUACCUCAGGAAACCAUCUAAGUCCUAGCCCACCAAAAUCUCCUAAAAAAUCCAAAAAACCUGUUAUUCUACUUGGCAGCUCUAAUGAUAGUGUGUUAUUGCAGACAGUUCCUGCUCCAGAACCAAGAGAAGAAUAUACUGACCAUUUGAAUGCUGCAGCAGAAAGACCUCAGUCUUGUAGAUCUGAUACAAAUGUCAGUGAAAUUAAGAGUGAAAAAAGUAGCAAAUGUAGAAAAAGAAUUGGAAGCAACUCUUCUUGCCACAAGAUGAAUGAUGACAUGUCUGAGCCGAGUCCUUCUCGCUUGCCAAAUGCUUCUCCAACUGAGGUGGUGAAUGAAUGGCUGAGGAAAAUCCCAUCAGACACCACCUUGUGUGAUUUGGGGGACGAAUUCCAUGACAAUUAUGUUUCAAUAGAGCCACUUUGCACAUCUGAUGUGCCUUCAGGAGUUGAUAAUGAGCAUGGAAGUUUGCAGCCAAGGGAUGUUACCAAGCUUGAAACACAAAAUGAGAUGGAAGGUGCUCAUGUGGUGAGUACAGAGGGUGCUACGGACAAAAAAUCUCCUGAAGUUGCUGAGGGUGAUCACUCUCAGAGAGGGGAUGAACCAAAGAUGUUUAGCUCCUCAGUUCUGGUGAUGAAAGUCUUGCUGACCCCCAAACUCGACCGAUGCAAUAGCCUACCAGAGGUAUCUCCUGUAUAUGGACGUAAGCUCAGUGCAUCAGUGCAAGGUCUUCUGGAUUGUUUGGCAAAUCUUCAGUUGUUAGACUUUGGUCCUAGUGAUGAAGAUGGUAAAAAAGAAAAAUACCAGGAGCUCACGAGCAUGCUUAAGUCCCUUUGGCUUUGUGACCCAAAAGACAAUGAGAAGACAUCUGUGGAAAGAAACAAGCGUCUGGAUGAGGAAUUCAAAGCCAGGUCAUCCUCAGGGGUAGAUGUUAACAGUGGCUCAACCGGUUCAGGGAAAAGUAGCAUUAAUGAUGGCAUCCAAGCCCAAAUCAACACAGAAUGUGAAGGCUUGGAUACCCUGACAAAGGUACUGGAAGUUGAUGAAACCGUGGAAGGGGAAGCUUCAGAAACCAAAUACGAUUCAGCCACUCCAGAUAUAGCAAGUCAAGCUCAGUGGACCCCAGAGACAAAGGGCACAAUUGAAGUGAAGCUAAAAGAUGAUGUCCCAGGCUCUGAAGAGACAAUCAGGAGUAAUGAUAGUCCAAGGGAACUCAUUGAAACACCUCUUUCAUCAAACAAGAGUUCUGGGAAUAAUCCCAAAAAAGAGGAAACUGAAUCAGACCGUCAAGAGGACACAAGUUCAGGCAGCGCUCCAAAACAUCAAAAAGGUCAAUUAUCAAAAAGGCUUUCUCAAGACCCUGAUCCUGUAUGGGUUCUGAAUUUAUUGAACAAAUUAGAAAAGCAAUUUAUGACACAUUAUAUUAAUGCAAUGGCUGAGUUCAAAGUCCGUUGGAAUCUGGAUGACAACGAGCAACUUGAUGCCAUGAUAUGCGAAUUGCAAGAUGAAGUCCGCAGACGGAUACAAUCAAGUAUAGACAGGGAGCUAAGGAAAAUCCAAGGCAGAGCUGAAAGACCAAGACCACCAAAAGACACAAUGUCACGUGAAUCUACCAUUCAAACAGUGCAAAGGCGGAGACGUCUGAAAGUGAUGCGCAACCAAUCAAUUGAUCCACAACCUGCUAAAAGUGACGAUGAUUACACAAUGACAUGGACCGACUUCAGCGAUCAACAUAGCGAUGAUGAAUAUUGUCCUUGUGACACAUGCUUGAAAAAGAAAAUGGUAUCCAAGCAUGUGUUACCUGUGGAAAUGUUUAAUUCAGCCCCUGUAAUGAAAGACUUUGAUUUAAGGAGAAUUCUCCAGAUGAAGAAAUCGUCUCCAACCAGUGAAAAGAUCGAAGAAACUGCCAAUGAAGAAGCAAGUGAGCUGGAAAUAGAAAAUGCAGGGCUUAAGGCUGUCAAAGAGGAGGAUGAGAAAGAGGGUGCAGAUAAAGAAAUACUUGCUUCCAGUGCUCAAGAAAUUGAAGAUGAAAAACGAGAAAGUGAGGAGGGUGAAGAGAAUGACAGUGCCUCCAGCACUUAUGUAGAAGAUAGUUCCGAGAAUCAAUCAAAUAUACUCAGACAUUUAAAGAAAGAUGUGAAUGAAGUUGGGGAAAUUGCUGAGAUGUCUUUUAACACAAUGAUGAUGCAACAAGAUGAAGAGCAAGAAGAGAAUAUUGAGAUUGAUUCUGAUUUAACGGCUGUCAAAGAAAGUGCAAGCAGUUCUAAGAUUAAUGAAUUAGAUGAAGAUGUGGCAAAUUAUGACAUUAGUGAAUUUGAUGACAUAAUGCAAACUGAAGCAGCAAAGGAGGAAGCAACUGAAGAACACACUGAGGAAGAAUCAGAACAGCAGGACAAGACGGAUGAUGAUGAAACUGCAGAAGAAGGGCAAACUGCAAAAACAGAAUCUGUUAAAGAGGGUGAGACCACUGGCGAAGAGACUUCAGAGGAUGGGCAGACUGCUGAAACAGUAGCUGUUGGAGAGGAUGACGUAGCUGGUUGUGACACUGCAGAAGAAGGUGAGACAGCUGAGGGUGAAAAAGCAGAAGAUGCACAAAUUGCUGAAGCUAAAACUUCAAGAGAUGGUGAGACAGCAGAAGAUGAGUCUGCAGAAGCGGGUGAAACAACUGAAGAUAAAGCUUCAGAAGAUGGACAAAUUUCAGAUGAAGAAACCACUGCAGAAAAUGGACAAACUUCUGAAGGUGAAACUGGAGAAGACGGCGAGACAGGUAAUGGCGACACUGCAGAAGAGCAUGAGACGGCUGAAAGUGAAACUGCAGAAGAGGGACAAACAGCUGAAGAUGAAACUGGCAAAGAAGGUGAGACAGUUAAUGAUGAUACUACAGAAGAGCAUGAGACGGCUGAAAGUGAAACUGCAGAAGAGGGACAAACAACUGAAGAUGAAACUGGAGAAGAAGGUGAGACAGUUAUUGAUGACACUGCAGAAGAGCAUGAGAUGGCUGAAAAUGAAACUGUAGAAGAAAGACAAACUGCUGAAGAUGAAACUGGAGAAGAAGGUGAGACAAUAAACAAUGACACGACUGAAGAGCAUGAGACAGCUGAAAGUGAAACUACAGAAGAUGGAGAAACUGAUGAAGAUAAAACUGCAGAAGAAGUUGAGACAGCUAAGGAUCAAACUUUAGAAGAUGGACGAACUGCUGAAGCAGAAACUGUUGGAGAAGAUAAAAUAAGUGAAGAUGAAACUGCAGGGGAGAGUGAGGCAUUAGCUGAAAGUAAAUCUGUAGAAGGAGAGACUACUGAAACUGUGGAAGAGAGCAAUAUUGGUGAUGAUGAAACCGAAGAAAAGGGUGAGACAGCUGAUGGCAACACUGUAGAAGGGCAUGUGAUGGCUGAGAAUGAAUCAGUAGAAGAUGGGGAAGCUGAAACUGCAAGAGAGAGUGAUACAGGUGAUGAGGACAGUGCAAAAGAGAAUGAGACAGCUGAAGAUGAAAUGGCAGAAAAUGGCCAAACUGCUGAAGUUAAAGCUACAAGAGAGGGUGAGACAGAUGGUGAUGAACCAGCAGAAGAUGAGCAAAAUGCUGAAUCUGAUGCAGGUGAGGAACAUACGGCUGAUAAUGAAGCUGUAGAUGAUGAGCAAACUGCUGAAGCUGAAAGUGAUGAAGAGAGUGAGACAGCUGAAGAUGGAACAGAAGCAGAGAGAGAUACCGUGGAGGGGACAUUGGUUGAAGAAAGAGGAACUGAUGUAAAAAGAGCUGAUGAAGAUGAAGACAACACAGAUGAUGUAGGAACUGCAGGAGUUGUGUCAGCUGAUGAAAAAGGAACUUCUGAAGUAGAAACAGCAGAUGAGGCAACCUCUGAAGCUGAAACUGAGAUGUCUGAAGAGAAAGCUGCUGUUGAAGAUGGCAACACGGCAGAAGACAAAAAUGCUGUGGUAGAGCUGACAGAGAAAACUCAUGAUCAUGAGACGACUGGAGAAGAGACAGACAAGAGUCAAUCAAAUGAUGAGGAAGACAAGGAAACUGUCAGUUGUGAAGCAGCAAAGGAGGAAGGUGUUCUUUCUAACUUUGAGGACACUGAGAGUCAUGAUGUUUUAACUAUUCUUGAGGUAAUUGAAGAUGAAACACCCCUUAAGAACAAGGAUGACAUUGUUCUAGAUAGUGUUGAUGAUAAAGGUGAAGAAAGUAGAAAAGAAGAUGAUGAGGUGGAGAUAAUGGCAAAUAAAGCUGGUUAUGUGGCCAACACUGGUGAAUCAGCUGAAGCUGGUGAUGAAGCUGAGGAUGACACAGAGCCAGACGUGGAGAGAAAUGAAGGGGAGCAUAAUAGGAACAGGCUAGGUUUACACCCUCUGUUACAGCCAAAACCAAAAGAUGACAAACCAGAUGGGGCGACUUCAUUUAAUGUUUUGGUAAAGCACAACUCGGAGUCUGAAGAUGGUGCCGAUGCUGACGGAGAAGACUCAGAAACAGAAGAACACAACCAAGUCAUAGAUUUGAGUUCUGAGUCAGAGAUCAAGCCACAGAGGAAAACUGCACAUAAAACCUUCAAAAUGCUCGUUCACACUCUGAAUUUCCUCAAACUCUCAGCCGCUGGACAACCAAAGAGCAGGGAAGAGGAUAAUGAACAUGAAGUUGAAGAUGAAGAGACUCCAGAGGAUGGGAGUGAUGAUGCAGAAGAGCGUUCCUGUGUGGAGAAAGACGAGGUUGAAGAGAACAGAAAGGAGAAGGGCAAAGUCUCAGAUAUUACAGAGGAUACAUCAGAAGAUGAGGAGGACCAGACAAACGAGACUGAUGAUGAUUCAGAGGUUCAUGAAUGGGAAUCAUCUGACAAUUCCUGGCAAAAGCGGAUAACAAAGUCAUCCCUGGAAUCUCAGUCAGGUUCCUUUGAUGAAGUUCAUGAGGAACAGGCAAAAAAUCAGAAAGGUUUAAAUCAUCUGAAAGCCAACUAGUAGAAUCCUUCCUCAACAUCAAAGACAAGAACCAAAGAUGCUCUUUAGCAUGUGAAAAUGGUUCCAGAGGGGUUAUUUCUCUAUUAUACUUAGACCUUAUAAUAAUGAUCCUAUACACCUAAAUUUAGUUUUUUAAUAGCCCUUUGGAUUCCUUAUUUUAUUGACCAAAGAGUAACAUAUAAUGCACUUUACUUAUUAUUAAUUUAUUAUGAUUCCAUUAUACAUGCAGAUUAUAUAUAUGCAAAAGCACAGCAUUACUGCUCAGGUACUGUAAAAAGGGAAUUGUUAAAACUUGAAGCUCUUCUAACUUACUGGAAGGAAAUUUGUUUAGAAUUUUAGUACAUUUAUGUCAAAACAACAUAUUUAAUUGCAGUUAUUUAUAUAAUUCAAUCAGUUGUAAGCCUUAGCCAUGCGAGAGACUUUUGACAAAGGCUUAAUAAUGUAUCAUAGUUACUGUAUCAUACUGUAUAUGUAUGUGCUGCUAUACAAAUGUUCCUUUAUUGAAAUACAGUGUAAAUGGAAAACACAUCAUAGUGACAUGCAAUGGAAAUCAGGGGGCAUAAACUGUGUGUACGAGUGCAUGAGAAUGAAUGUGUAUUGAACAUAUUUCAAUCUGAAUGUUUGUUUCAUUGUAGCAAUAUGAAUUAAUAAUCUAAUUUACCUGUAGGUUGCUUGUGGGAGAGCAUACCUUUAAAAAAAACAUAAAAUAAUUUUUUUUAUCCCUGCUAAAACACAUAAGAGAUGUCCAUUCCAUAAGACUUAGUCAGAAUAUGUACAUAAAUGCUUACUUUUAAAGUAGGUGCAUUGAAUGCAGAUGUACAGGAUUGACAUCACCAGAAAUCACCAAUAUACAGCAUAUUGUAUAUUAUAAGAAUUGAGGUGCACACAUUAAGCCAUGCCUUAGAUGUUUUGCCACAUAAAGAACUGCACAUCUAAUGGACUGUAAUGUCUAUGUUUUGAUCACACAAAACUCUAAUGUGAAGCGAUGCAGAUGCAAAUGUGGUUCCUUCAUUGCAGUUACUUUUCUGCUGGCCAAAUGGUUAAUGGUUAACUUAAAUAUAAUACAUUCCUUGUUACUUAAAUGUACAAAUUUCCU